ACUGCCCGCAUGUUUGAGGUUGAGGGGAGCCGACCAUACUCUGAGCAGAACCCGUGUACACCCCGAUGCCCCGUGAUUGGAUACGAUAUGCCCUCCAGUAGCAUCCCCACACUCAAAAUAUACCGACUAAUCGGAGCGUCAGCUUCGACCUUUUUUGCUUUAUCAAAACCGUGCAGUCUACCCAGCGCUACUGGAUACAGUCAAUUUUUUGCCUGGCCCCUGACUGCAGGAUGGCGACAUUCACGAAUACUGGCGGCUCAGACCCGCUCAUCUCCUCUUCUCAAGACCUAUGCCAACCGACUAUUCAUUUCGAGCGUCUGGCAAUAUAUUCCCACUCCGUGUUUGCUUUUUCUUGUCCCGGACACGCGUUCGAAGCGCUUGAAUGUGCAUCAUGCAGUGCACAGCCUGGCUUUAACUAUCAACCGAAGUCGAGGUCUCGAGUCGGUCCUUGCCUCAAUCUUCUAGACACGAGCCCGGAGGAAACCGACUCAGCGGUAAGACUAUCUAGGAAGUCGAUCGGGCGGUUUUGGGGUGCCUCAUCUGCAAGGACGGUAGCACCACCGUCUAGCUUCGAGAUCCCGACCAUCUCGAAUAAUGGGACCCGGAUUUCCAGAGUCUUGCCAGGAGUCCACUCGCAACCGACGCAGGACAUUACAGUCCAUCAGGGAACUCUCUUCUCAAAAUGGAUCUUUGGCUGGCUGGCGGGCCCUAUCAUUCGAAUCGUCCACCGCAUAUCAGCAACCUGAAGCCCCAACUGAGGAUGAACCCAAGGGGCAACUAGAGCAAAGCCGAGUUCACCAAAUUCGCAGAAAGAGUCUUCCUAGUCAAGGGCAAGGGUAUUACCAACAAUACCAAUACAGGCCUCGGCCUUUGGUUUAUCUGAGCCCGGAUGAUACACCAUCUCUAUACCGGUCGAACACGGACCCGGCAGGUGGGAAACAAGUGCGAUUCCAGGAUCCAGCGCAGAGCCCUAGGGGUCUUCCCGGUGGUCAUAGUAGACAGCACUCUUUGAACUCGUCCGUUCGCGCUCGGCACUCUCAAGGCUCUCCGUUAUCGACUGUAACGGAAGGACAGCAGAUUCACGCGCAAAGACCACUUCCUAGAGAAUUGGCCCUCAAUUAUCCUAUGAAGUAUGCACAGCAACCCGUUUCUAUUGGCCAGAUUUCAGUGCGACCUCCAGAGGGCUGGAACGCCCAGAGAGAGAGGGAGCGUAUGAGACGAGAGCAAGAGACUUUGACAGCCAGACUUUCACAAGCUCGAGAAAGGGAGAGGAAUGCUGCUGGCGUGAAUGGAAACCAUAUGGUGGCCCAACCAGCAUCGUCAAUCCCUUUGGCAACUACCAAUCCGGUCUUCGCACAGAGACACAUUGGCUAUGCGCAGCCUCUAUCGCGCAGCGCCUCGGUGCGAUCAUCUCAGUCUGUUCAAGAUCCACGUGAUUAUGAUUUCCGCUACCGAGACGAAAACCAAAACACUGGCUGGGAAUAUCCUAUUGUAAGGAGGCAUUCGCAGGCAUCUGCACGCCACCGUCGUACCUCUUCUACGCCUUCUCGUUACCCUAGCAUAACGACUACCACACCCAAUGCUCAGCCAACAGGGUCCUCUGCCACCCACAAGAGUUUUAUUCCCCGCCUUUCCACCAACAACACGCAGAACAACGAACUGGCACCUAGCAAAGGGCGUCUUGAAGUAUUUCCCACUCUGGCGAACAUGUCAGGUGAGGCUCCGCAGACACCAGCCACAUCGGCUUCUCAGCAGCCACCACCGCCAUCGCAGAUACCCAGGCGCUAUUCAACGCCUACGCAGCGAACCAGGGUCCGCUCGCAGUCUCAGCCCCAAGUUGUGCCAGCUGCCAGACCUACAUCUCUACUUGUGCGUGAAAAUCCCGACGUGGCGAGACGCCAGCGGCAGCAGCACGAAGUCAAGCCAAGCCAAGCCACGGUGCCUUCGGGCUUCGACACGAUGGCUAUAUGGCAGGCGGAGAUGGCGCGACAAGAAGAUGAUAAGCAGGAAGUACAGGUGACGAGCAGUGAAAAGGGGCGUCAGCCGCAGAGAGCAGCCGCCGCAGUGGCAAAGAGCGGGGACGUGGCGCUGGAGAAGGAGACGACGAAUUCGACUUCGACGUGGUCUUCGUCUUCGUCGGCGGCUUCGCCUUCCAAGAAGAAGUGGGCUCGGAGGUCUCUGAGCUUCUCGCGCGGAAUUGUGUGCAGGAUCUUUGGGAGCGGCAGCAGCACCAGCAGUGGGUCAGAGUGA